AACUCUCCGUGAUAUCAACCAAUAGAAAUUUCUUAUUUGUGUUCUGUUUCACUUCACUACUCUGAAAUUGAACAUUCCAAAGGCCGGUCUCCUCCCUCUCGGUGUUCUUUGUUGUCGCUCGCCGCACCCAAACUAACACAAAAAUGCUGUCUGCCGCCAGAUUGAUCGUCGCCCCUGCAGCCAGGUCUGCUGUUCUGAGCAACACUGCUCUAUUGAGGCCACUUGCUGCAGUCCCCUCACAGACACAGAUUGUGCCAGUGGCACCUGCCCAGUUAUCAGCGGUGCGCACCUUCCAGACCACAUCGGUCACAAAGGACAUUGACUCUGCUGCCAAAUUCAUUGGUGCUGGUGCAGCGACAGUAGGAGUAGCUGGCUCUGGUGCUGGUAUUGGAACGGUGUUCGGUUCCCUGAUCAUCGGUUAUGCCAGGAACCCCUCCCUCAAGCAGCAGCUGUUCUCAUACGCCAUCUUAGGUUUCGCCUUGUCUGAGGCUAUGGGUCUCUUCUGUCUUAUGAUGUCCUUCUUGCUCUUGUUUGCUUUCUAAGCUAUUUACUUAUAAGAACACUACUGCCAUCCCACAUAACGAGGUUUCAGUGUAUACUAUCUGGAGUGGACGGCCAUGGAAUCGAAUGUGUGGAAACCUCACCCUCAUAGUGAUGCAAGGACUGAUGUGUAAAAUGUGUUACACUUUACCAGUGCGUCAUCUGGAAUGCAAUUUAUUUAAUUAUGUAGUAUAAACGAUAUCUGAAAAUAAAAUGUUGUACGUAAACAUUAAACAAAAGCUACAGUUAUUUCUAUUCCUAAUUAUUGUAGACUGUUACUAUGAAUCAUGUUAUCAUAGUCACACAAAAUAUUAAGAGUCGGUGAUGAUAUCUUAAAGCCAGUGACCAGUUGUAUUUGCGUGUGUAUUGUCACCGACUUUUAUAUGGUGUAUGCGUUUACCUGUUUGAGAAUGUCGGCACAUGUAAUGUACAUUUUUAGGGCGAUUAAAUGAUACAAACCAAUUUCA